CGCUGAUAUCUGCCAUCAGUUGUUCUUUCAGGCUUGACAGAUUUUCGCCCAAGAAAAAAAGACUGCCGCAGAAAAUACAUCAAUUUUCACAAUAUUUUACGAUGUCAUUUUCCGGACUGGACGAAGAAAAGAAGAUAGCCAAUGCAUCCCAGAAUUCGUUGGGUGUCUACAACUCAAAAAAUGAAUCAGACAUCGCUUCGAAUGCUGAAGAGGCCACCAACAUCAUCGACAAGAUCGGGUUGAGAUUCAAUGCCGAAAUCAGAGGGGUGCAAAGAGUUCCAGAAGACAGAAGAGUAGACACUUCGUUGUUGUCUCCGUUGUGUAUGUUCUUGUCGCCCAACUUAGCCAUUUCAGCUUUGAGUACGGGAGCAUUGGGUCCAACAUUGUUUGGACUUGAUUUCAGAACCUGUGUACUCUGUAUUGUCUUUUUCUGUAUCGUUGGUGCUCUCCCAGUAGGCUUCUUUUCUGCCUUUGGUAUGAGAUUCGGUCUCAGACAACAGAUUCUCUCUCGUUAUUUCACGGGGAACAUCAUGGGGAGAUUGUUUGCUUUCUUCAAUGUAGUCUCGUGUAUCGGAUGGAAUGCUGUCAACGUCAUUCCCUGUGUUCAGCUUUUAACUGCUGUCGGACCCAUGCCAGCUUGGGCUGGAUGUUUAGUUUUCGUCGUUAUUACUUGUAUUUUGGCUGUGUUUGGCUACAAGACUAUCCACCUUUACGAGCGUUACUCGUGGAUUCCAAACUUUGUCAUUUACUUAAUUAUCAUUGCUAAGUUUUCGCAAUCUAAAUCGUUCACCUGGGGUGAGAUGCAAGGUGGAACUGUAGAAGCAGGUAAUGUCUUGAGUUUCAUUUCCACCAUUUUCGGGUUUAUUGCUGGCUGGUCUCCAUCAGCCGCUGACUAUACUGUGUAUAUGCCUGCUAAUACUCCAGCAUGGAAAGUUGGAACUGCUAUGGUGGUUGGUUUAUCCGUUCCAUUUAUUUUCGCAGCCAUUUUGGGUGCAGCCAUUGCCAUGGGCACUUUCACCAACGAAGCUUACGGUGCUGCUUUCGAAAGUAACUCUAUUGGUGGCUUGGUGUACGAGAUCUUGUGUGGUAACAACACCAAUCAAGGUUACAGAUUUGUCGUGGUCUUGUUGGCUCUCUCCGGUAUCGCCAACAACUUGCCCGGUUCCUACUCGUUGUCUGUAUCUGUGCAAUCCAUCUGGAGCAAAUUCGCCAAGGUGCCUCGUCUCUUCUGGUGUAUCAUCGGUAACUUUGUCUCGCUCGGUUUGUCUAUUCCAGCCUAUUACGUGUUUGAAGAGACUAUGGUCAACUUCUUGUCGAUUAUUAGUUACAACGUGUCGAUCUACUUAGGUAUUGCGUUAACUGAACAUUACAUCUACAGAAGAGGAUUCAAGGGCUACGACGUGAGCAACUUCGAAGACAGAAGCACCUUGCCAGUGGGUAUUGCUGGUUUGGCAGGGUUCUUGUUCGGUGUCGCAUCUACAGUUUUGUCUAUGAACCAGACAUGGUACCAGGGUGUUAUUGCCUUGAAGUUUGGCGAGGCUGGAGGAGACAUCUCCUGGGAGCUCAACAUGGUAUUUGCCUUUGUAGGCUACAACUUGGUUCGUCCAUUUGAGAAGAAGUACUUCGGACGCUAAUAUAGCAUAAAUAAGAGUGACUUAAUAGCAAGUAUCAGCAGGGUUAUUGCAUGAUCUAAUAAGGAGAUUUAAUACUACAAAACAGAGAUG